AUGGCGGUAAACGAGUUACCUAUUGCAUAUACGAUUCUUGAAGUUAUUGUUGCCCUAAUGGCCGUAAGUGGUAAUAUGUUGGUGUUAAUCGCUUUUAUGAAGGAGAAACGGCUUCGAAAACUAACAAAUUUCUAUAUUCUCAGCUUAUCGACAGCGGACCUAUUGGUAGGGCUAGUUGGAGUACCCUCUGCCAUAAUGACAAAACUCGGUCUGCCAGAGAACUCCUUCGAAGGAUGUAUGUUUAUGCUUUCUCUUUUAGUUGUACUGUGCACGAUAUCCAUCCUAAAUCUGGUAGCCGUUUCUUUGGAUCGGUACUGGGCCAUCCUCCAUCCCUUCAGCUAUCAUCAGAGAAUAACAGGAAGAGCUGUGGCGGGUAUUAUCAUUUCCUGUUGGGUUCUCGGUCUCAUCGUGGGGUUCCUACCUCUCCUUGGCUGGAACUCGGGUCCCGAUGCUGGCGGGAAGUGUUUCUUUGUCAAAAUAAUGGACUACAACUUUUUGGUCUUUCUCUACUUUGCCACCAUCGUGUAUCCGUCAAUUCUGAUGGCAUUCUUUUACGGUCGGAUCUACCAUGUGGUGUUGAAACAG